AUGAAGUGAUUAAAAAAGGUUGAUAUAGGCCGAAAGGGCCAGGGCCCGUAUCGGAGGAGGGGCCAGGUCGAGCCGGGCCGGUUGUCCUGGCAACGCGGGUGGGCGACAAACCGGAAAUAGGUGAAUAGCAGCUGCCAAUGUCAGGGUGACACCAGGAGCUGGAGGAUUAUACCCAAUGUUAUUUUAAGAGUGGAAGUUCUGCUUAUUUGUUCACAAGCAGUAUUUUACCUUUAUAAGCCAGCACACCUUCUUCACUGCAACGGAGGCGAUUCAGAUUAUACUUGUUAAUAGAGAAUGGCAACACGACGAGCAUUAAAGGCUGUCCUAGUAGAUCUCAGUGGAACAUUACACAUUGAAGAUACAGCCAUAUCUGGUGCACAGGAAGCACUACAGAAGUUGCGCAGUGCUCCUGUAGCUGUGAGGUUUGUGACUAACACCACCAAGGAGUGUAAACGAACACUGUUUGAACGACUACAGAAGCUCAACUUUGACAUCCACGAGGAAGAGAUCUUCACAUCUCUAACGGCAGCCAGAAAUCUUGUUGAGCAAGAGCAGGUCAGACCGUUACUCUUGGUGGAUGAUAGUGCACUUGAAGACUUUGAAGGAAUAGACACAAGUGAUCCUAAUGCUGUGGUUAUUGGAUUAGCUCCACAGCACUUCAAUUACACUACAUUGAACAAGGCAUUCAGGUUAAUUUUAGAUGGUGCCCCUCUAAUUGCUAUACACAAGGCAAGAUACUACAAAAAACUGGAUGGCUUAUCACUUGGGCCAGGACCUUUUAUCACUGGGCUGGAAUAUGCAACAGAUGUCAAGGCCACAGUGGUAGGAAAACCAGAGAAACCAUUCUUCCUUGAGGCUCUCCGAAGCAUUGGAUGCCAACCAGAAGAGGCAGUUAUGAUUGGUGAUGAUGCUAGGGAUGACGUUGGUGGAGCACAAAAUGCUGGGAUGUUGGGCAUUUUGGUAAAAACUGGAAAAUACCAACCUGGAGAUGGAGGAAAAACAAACCCUCCUCCAUAUUUGAUAUGUGAUGCUUUUCCACAGGCUGUCGACCACAUACUAAAGAAACUUCUGUAAAAAUUCAUAAAAUGGAUAACAUCCUAGGGGCGAUGCUAAAAUGUUCAGGAGGGAACAUCCUAAAAUCCAGUGUAUUCCUCGUUGUAGACCUGCAUAUCCUGGACCUCACGAUGCUCAUGAGAUAGCAGUAACAGCAAGACUGUUAAAAAUGGCCAUUUAAGGACCUCAGUUGUCCCUGAGGUGGGAAAACCGUCAAGAGACCUCAUGGCAUAGACCUAACUAAGGGAAAGCAUGAAGGUGAUGAGAUGUCUUCCUGUAUCUUCCUGUUCAAUCACCCAGCACAGCCUAGACCACGUUUUGAACCUUCGUCCAGAAGAAUAAAAUUCCACCCCAAAUGGAA